CUGCGCGGGGCUGCGCGGUGCGGUGGCAGCAGCGGCAGUGGCAGGAGCGGUAGCAGCGGCUGUUGCCCACCAAGCUCCGCGCCCCUCCGCGCUCCCCCCCCCCUUUCCCCGACCCCCUCCCCGGCAAGGCCGGUCGCCCCCAUGGCCACCAAAAUCGACAAGGAGGCGUGCAGGGAGGCGUACAACCUCGUCAGGGACGAUGCCACCGAGGUCAACUGGGUGACUUUUAAAUACAACGGUUCUACAAUCGUCCCUGGAGACCAAGGAGUAGACUAUGAAACCUUCAAAAGGAAGUGUACAGAUGAUGUCCGAUUGUUCGGCUUCGUCCGAUUCACCACAGGAGAUGCCAUGAGCAAGAGAGUCAAGUUUGCCCUCAUCACUUGGAUUGGAGAGGAUGUCAGUGGCCUGCAGAGAGCCAAAACUGGGACUGACAAGACUCUGGUCAAAGAAGUAGUACAGAACUUUGCCAAAGAAUUUGUGAUCAGUGACCACAAAGAGCUGGAUGAGGAUUACAUCAGGAACGAGCUGAAGAAAGCAGGGGGGGCUAAUUAUGAUGCACAGACUGAGUAAAGGCACAAACCUCCUGGCACCAUCACCUGGAUCUCAAAGGGAGGAGGAAAGCACAACAAACUAACACAACAACUGAGAGAUGAGGCAACUGAACCCCCCUGCUUGCUGUGUGUGCACCUAAGAACUCCCUUCCUUUCCAUACAAUGGACUUUUAUUUUCCAUUCCAUCUCCUGCAACAUCCCUCUCUGGGGUUCUGGGGUUUUUUUCCCCCCUUCAUUUUUCUACUCAUUCCUCUGUUCACAUUCUCACAUCUCUGAAAUUUAGGUUUGGCUCUGCUUUGGUCCUGUCCAGCACUGUGUCUGUAGCUGCUUUCCAUCCUGUCCUUCUUCAUAUCUGUGCAUGUCUGUGUUUUAGUUGGGCUCAACCUGGUCUCUGAGAGGAAAAAGUUUUGGGGGAGUUCUGAUUAUUUUUUUUUGGUUUUUUUUUUUGGUAAUUUGUUCUCACUGAUAGUCUUGGGAAUAAUAUUUUCUGCUGUUCUAAGCUCAGAUCAACUUGACUUCACUCAAACUUUUCUUAAAUCAUCUAAAAGUUAAAUGUCCAGCUGAGAUGUUACCUGAGAGCUUAAAAAAAAACAAAGCCAACCAACAAGCAAACAAAAAAUCUUCAACUCUUAAUAAUUUGCCUUAAACAUUGCUUGACAGUUGCUAUGCUGCAUCUCUGCCCCUUCCUCUUCAAAAAAAUAAGAUCCAACAAGAUCCCACCAUGGAGGUUUUGUUGUGGUUUUUUUUUUUUUUGGAGGGAUCAUGGCACAGUAAAGUGAGGGGCUUGGAAAUGUCUGGACACUUGCUCACUAUUUUGUGUACAUUGGUUGUGGGGUUUGUAUUUGGCUUUCCUAAUGCUGGGGCUCAGGAGGUGGAACUGAAAUGCAUAGAGUUUUCUUUUUUAAAUGAUGUCUGCAAAAAUAGCAGCCACUGAAUCCUAGCAGCCUUCUCUGCCUGUGUCCCCCCUGUUUUGUUUUUUUGGGGUUUUUUUUUUGCAGUGAAACACAACAUCUUAAGUUAUUUGGGGCCUGCAGGCAGUGAACCAUCCUGCAGAGCAAGGGAUGGAGCAGGGCAGCAGCUCUGUCCCUGUCAGGAUGAAACAGCAAAGGCUCAGAGAGAACCUGGGCACAGUUUGGUUUGUACCAAACUGGUUGCUUGGGGGGCUUCUUUGUAUGCCUUUUGCUUUUUUCCCAUCAAAGUUAAUGGUCCCCAGAAUUAUCUGCAGGGGGAAACUGUGUUGUACUGGGGCUUGGAAGUCAGUGCUCUAAACCCAUUACAGAAAUAAAUGUUUUUCAAGAACA